GUCAACACAAAAGUGGCUUCAGGAAGGUACACACAGGACUUUGAUUCACAGUUGUCUGUCCUGUCCUCUCUCCUGCUGCUGCUGCUGCUGCUCUGAGACUUCAGAGGAGAGGCGGAGCUGAGGUGACUAUUCAUGAUUAUUCAAGCACGGAGAGAAAAAAAAAAUAACAUACGCCCUCACGUUUUAGUCAUUUGGCACGUCCUCGGAACCUCGUAAAAACAACCAGGCGACCCACGGGGCAGCUGAUAACCGCACAGACAGCUCUCAUGCGGAGCGACUGAUCGCUUCCUCAGGGUGUGUGUGUGUGUGUGUGUGUGUGCAUGUGCGCUCCAACGCCGGGGUGUUGUGGCAGAGCACACGGGGACAAAUGAGAAGAAGCUCGGCGUUAAAGUUUACGCCUUCCACAGCAGCUGCACGGACAAGCGGGAAAAGGACUGACGCGAGGACGCAACAUCAUAGCUUUUAAACAUACGAGCAUUUUACAGUAUCGUUAUAGAUGUUUAAAAUGGAUCUUGGCACCGUUCUGGCAUUUGUUUCCCUCGUGGUGUUUCCACCGCUGCUGGAAUGUACCACAACAUGUCAGCAGGUGGGAAAUCAAAAUGACUAUUUUGAGGGACAAUGCCCUGUGAAAGUGACCUCAGUCCAGGACCAUAGCGGGAAGUGCUCUGAACAGGUCACUGUCCGUGUGUGGAUGAAGGCUGAUGACUUAUGUAACGGCCCGAAGAUUGAAAUUCUCGCAGAAAAUAACAGGACAAUCAUGCCUAGCAUGAGGAGAAAGAGAGACAAAGUAAAGUAUAACAGUAACCCGGGUGAAAAAAUCAAGUGUAAAAGAGGUGUUGCACAGCAGUUGUCACACAGCAACACCAGUUUUCCCUUGUGGGAACUUAAAGAUGAUUGCAUCUAUGCGAAAGUCGGAAGUAUUGUUUCUGUGAAGUACAGCACAACAUCAACAAACUGCACAGUCAAUUACACAGUGGAAGAUCCCAUACCAGAGUUUGACCUGUCUGUGAAUUCGUCAUCUAAAUCCAUCAAUGUAACUGUGCGGGGGGAAUAUAAAGUGUAUACCAGAUGGUGUUAUCAGAAACAUGGAGGCUGCAUGUCUCCUUCCCCUCAAAUCCCUAUUGAUCCAUCUCAGUCUCCAUCAGCUUCUCUUAACAUCCCUCACCUGCUGCCCUGUGUGUGUGUACAGGUAUAUUACACCUAUACAGAUGCCCGGCGACAUAUUAAAUGUCCCUUUGAAAAGGAAAGGCUCAUGGAUGUCAGAGAUGCUUUGAGCACCUACAAAGUCACACCGUUUGUGUCGAAUUUGUCAUGGAGGUCAGUGUGUCCGGCCAGCGACCUGAAGAUCUCUGCCUCCCUCUGCUGGAAGCAACAUGAACACCUCUGCACACCUGUGCUGAACUCCACACUGGAAGAGGAGGAGGAUGGAGCAGACUUGAUAUAUAACACAUCUAUGGUGGACAGACACCCUCAGAUGUGUGUGCAGUUUUCUCUACAAGGCAGACAUAAUAUCUCCUGCCCCUUCCAAGCUGAUAUGUCUUCAUUGGAGGUGAAUGUUGGACCAGGCAAGCAGAGUGUGCUUGUGUAUCUCACCUCUUCUGUUCCGGCAAUGUACUCAGCUCAACUUUGUGUCCUUAAUGAGACAGGAUGUUCACCCAUAGGACAGGUCCACACACUAAGAAUGGAGGGGAAAGCUGGUGAGAUAAGUGUAAAUGUGCCUCCUCAUUUUCUUCCUGAGAAGCCUUGUGUGCAGGUGUGGCAGUCAGAUCCUGCUCUUCAUGGAAGAAGAAUUCUGUGCACUGACUACACGCACAACCGCUGUGGCAUAUAUGCAACGGCAGCUUUUAUACUUGUGGUUAUUAUCGUGUCACUGGGAACUUUCAUCCACCGUCUCACUAAAAGCGGAGCUGCAGGCUGGUUGUGUAUCCAGAGGCCGGUGUUGCUGGUGUGCUCAACAGAGCAAUCAGCCCACGUCUCCGCUGUGUGUGCAUUAGCCUCAAUUCUGCAGGGGGAGCUAAGUGCCACGGUGCACAUGGCUCUCUGGGCCCAGAGCUCACAAAAGCAGACUGAGGCCGGGGCCAGUGUGGCAGAUCUGGGUCCACUUCCCUGGCUGUACGGGCAGUGGGAAACUGUGAGUAAGGCACAAGGGAAAGUACUAAUUGUUUGGAGUCCUGAAGCCAAGAUGGCAUAUGAGAAAUGGAAGGAGAAGAGGGAAAACAUGGAGAAGAACGAGGGAAAGAAGGAAGAUGGCGGCAGAGCAGGUGUGAGACAUGAGAAAAUAAGCGUUGAUGUGGAAGAAGAUUAUAAACUAAAUGGAAGAAUACUGGGAAAAUGCAAAAAAGAGAAGGCUGCAGGAAGAAAAGAACAUGUUAAAUUGUGUGGUGAUAAAGACUGGUACCCCCAGGAAGAACCCUCCUCAGUGAUAACACCAGUGUUUUCGGCAGCUCUGGCCUGCUUACAGGGGAAGCUGCAGCAGUGCAAAGGUCAAGGAGUUGCCAUUGUCUAUUUUCAAGGACUUGGCCACAGCAGGGACAUCCCGAAAGACCUCAGAGGUGUCCCUCGGUACUGCUUACCGCAGGACUUCAGGGGUUUAAUACAGGAGCUGGGAGGGAUGAAAAGAAGGACAAAGACUGGUAAAUGUAGGUGGCACUGCUGGCCCAGGAUCCUGUCCAAAGUGCAGUCGGUAUGGCUGGCACGACAGCUAGCCUGCAGACUGCAAACACAGCUGCCUCAGACUCAAGGAAAGAAAAUGCAAGGGCCGAGGGUCACGUCAUCGCAGAAAAUCAUAUCAGACAGGACACAGAGCAGGCUGCCACCAGCUGCCAAAGCAGCAAGGCCAGAAACUGUACAAGCGCAAGAGCCUCUGAACGGGUCACCAUGGAGAGCAGAGAGACUUUAAGCUCAAGUUUCAGGUUACAGGGGCAGACUUUUGUUCAGCUGGAAACAUGAUAUGUACAUGAGACACUGGGAGCUGGUGUGUCAUUGGGAGCUACUUUGAACCCAUCACUCAGUAACAACUAUUCAUUACUUGACAACAACACACCAAAAAAUUCCUCCACUUGUUUUGCAUAUUAAGAGGUAAAUACUCAGUCCUGUCUCCCGCAUUUGGCCUCUGACAGAGGCUCUUUCAUGUCACCUUCGUGACUGAAGCCAUAACGAACACCUGUCGUUAUCUCUGUAAAUAUGCUAACCACUAUGAAAAUCUGGUUGCAAAUUACACCCCGCUUUCUUCAUGAGUGCAUUUAAUGUUUGGAAGUGUCUGUGACAGUGGCAGGUGACAAAGUGCGUGACUGCUGUUUACAGAGACUUGCUAAUUUGCAUAGGCUUCUCUAAACAGAGAAGUUGACCCAAAGCUAUCAGCAGGAUUUCCAGUGUUAGAAAGCAACAGAUGAAAAGUAGAAGGGUGAUAUAUAAGUCAUGUGCUCAAGCUUUUUGCAUUUUUACUUUCAACCGUUACAAGUCUACUACUGUUGCCUUUAGCGGGCUUUAUAGGAGACUGUGUUUGUCUUUAUAGGAGACUGUUUGCAGUCUGCUAUUAAAAUAUAAAAUACUACCUCCUUUUGUCAAGAACAAAAUAUAAAUCAGUGUUUUUUUCCCCUUGGGCAUACUGCAACUCUUCAUUCGGUAAUUAUUAUUGAAUAUUACUGAGCAAUAUCUCUUACCUGGAAGACUUUGAUGUGUGCCAGAGGAAAAGGGGAAAGCCAGUAUUAUUCAAAUAUCAUUAACGGCAAAUGUGCCCCACCGCAGAGGUUACCUCAAAAUCUCAGAGCAUUAGAGCAAGAAAACUGUGACUGGGGGUACUUUCCCAGAUCUUACUUUAUUGCAGGAAUUCAAUUAAGGUCAACUGUGAACUUUAUGCAAAGCAACUUUAAACGGCAGGCGCAGAUCUUGUCAGGAUCUACACACAAAUUUGACUGAAGUAAUAUUUGUUCAGUGUCACUGAACCCUCUCCAGAUUUUUUUUUUUUCUGCUUCAGUGAACAAUCUUGAGAUAUUAGCCUAACACUGCUGGCAUUAAAAUUUUUGUAUGCCAAAUAAUAAAAAACAUGCUUUUGAUUUAAUGAAAAAAAGAUCCAUGUGUAAUUACUGAUUUAUUUUUUCAGCAUUCAGAAUCUCUUUUCUGAGCAUUGUUUGUUUUUCUUCAAGCCUGUUCCUUCAAAUGAGUUACAGCGAAAGCCCACAACUUUGACAAGACUCCAGCGCUCUGUAGCUGAAAGAAAGACCUGCUUGACAGGAUUCAUCAGGAAGUAAAUGAUCAUUUAAAGUAAAUUAAACACUGGGGACGACUCAUUUCUCCCAAAAUGUGACAUUCAGCGGGUCAAGGCUAGUUUCAUUUCAGAAGAACUUCUUGGGGGGUAGAUUAAUACAAGAAUACUGUCAUAAAAUAGAAGAAAAAAGAUUUUAUGCAGCUAAUACAGUCAAUUGAGGUUUAAGUGUAUCUGAAAAUUGAAACUAGGUCAGUUUAGUCACAUGUGAAUAGUCUCAUACUAUAAAAUAAAGAGCUGAGCCAUAGAAUUGAAGGUUCCUUAUGCACAUGCUUGCCAAAUAAAUUUAAGAACCACCAUGAAUUUGUUUUGUUCUGAUAAUAAAAGACCACAGUUAACACAGGUGUUCCUGAUAAGCAUGAAUACAAACUCUAAUCUACAACAGUAGAUUUAAUUGACCUGGGAAAGAAGUUAAUGAUUAAACUUAUACACUUCGACUGAGGGUAUUCAAACAACAGCCGCUAUAUGUGUAACAAGUGGAUGCAAAGAGUUAAUGGGACAACCCUGUACCUAAACGGGCACAGGUUCAAUUGUCUGCAACAGCUAAUAUAAUGUAGAGUGACAGCCAUGUGAGCAACCUAAUGAACACAUUCCCUCUUAUCAGGUUACUACUGUGAGAGUUUCAGCUGAAUGUGUUAAACAAACAAAAAAACAACAAUGCCCCUAAAAUAAGUCGACGCAUUAAUUUGACCGUGGAUUGACAUGAGGCCCCGCCCUUAUCAGUGUUACCAUCAUUUUCUGUGAGAUUACCCAAAAAAUAUUUGAUCUUAUCA